GCCGUUAAAAAGGUGAGAUUUAUCGCGCAUAGGUGGCGGCAAAAGGGGAGCACUAUUCUCUCGUUGAUAUUGUUCAAAUAGAGCCCUUUUUUAUCAGAGAAUUAGGGUUUCUUUUGUUUUUCGGGGAGGAAAUUAGGGUUUCUUCUCUGUGGUUUUUUUCCUUGAUUACUUCGAAGUUCGAACAUAUUACGUUCUUCUCUUUGCAGAAACCAAAUAUUGUUGUUUUCGCUAGGGAUUUUGCCUUGCCUCGCCAAUGUCCUGGGAGUCGACUGCGUCCUACGUAUCGGCUCGGAGCCUCGAUCUCAACUCCGUAGCUGUGGUUCACCAAGCAGAACUCGAGGGUUCCGGCGGUACCGGCAAAUCUGAUGGGGAUUCCGCUGCUAGGGAUGAUUUGAGCCGUGGAGAUCGCGAAGAAGAUAAGAACGUCAGCGAGGUUGAUGAAAAUGAUGGAAAUGGAAAAGGCAUUCAACUGGGUGCGAAAUUCGCGGGUUUCACGCAAGAGGAUUGGAAGAAAGGCGAGGAAACUCCAAACCCGACCGCAACCACCUUGGAUUCUAACACCGAUUUGACGGGUAAAGCUGAUACCUCCAAAGGGGAUGAUGCGGAUAAAAGCGACGCAAACCAUCUGCAAGGUGAUACAAUUCUGGUGAGUGAAGAAUUAUUCUCCAAUGAUAACGACUUUGAUGUGUUUUUCAAGAAAGAUGAUUCUUUUGGAGAGGUAGAUGAUGCUCCUAAAUCUGAACAAGCGGGGGAGACUCUAGAUGUUGAGUUGUUGAAUUAUGUCGAUAACAAGCAGUUACAAAGUGAGGAACUGGGAGGCAAAUCUGAAUUUUCUGUUUGUGAUAUGGUGUGGGGCAAAGUGAGGAGCCAUCCUUGGUGGCCUGGACAGAUCUAUGAUCCUUCAUUUGCAUCGGAUAUGGCACUGAAGCAUCAGAAGAAAGAUCACUUCUUAGUAGCAUAUUAUGGGGACAAAACUUUUGCUUGGAAUGACAAGUCCCGAUUGAAGCCUUUUGAAUCAUUCUUCUCUCAGAUGGAGAAGCAGAGUAGCUUGGAUGAAUUUGUAAAUGCUGUUGAUGUUGCAUUGGAAGAAGUGGCAAGGCGCAUUGAGAUUGGAAUGACUUGUGGUUGUGUUGCAGAUGAGUUUAUUGCUGGUUUGAAUCACCAAAUGAUUGAGAAUGCUGGUAUUAAAGAAGGUACAUGCUGCCCUACAUUGGAUCGAUGUGCAGUUGCGAGUUCAUUUGAUCCCGGUAGGCUGCUUGAUUAUAUUCAUGAACUAGCUCGGUUACCUUGUGGACAUUUUGAUAAAUUGGAGCUUGUUAAAGUAACUGCUCAGGUGAAGGCCAUCUAUAUGUCAAAGGGUUAUUCUGAACUACCAGAAUUCUGUUUUGGUGGAGGGUUAUCACACAGUGAAGACGGUUCAGGCCAUGAAAGGGAAGAAGCAGGACAAGAUGAUACAGAAUUUAAGAAGAAUGGAAUUCUUUCAAGCUACACGUCCUCAAAGGAAAAGAGAAGAGGAAGGGGCAGGCCACCUGGUAAAAAGAAUGACAUUGAAGAGGAUAGCAGAAAGAUAGAAAAUAAAAUGGAUGAAACACUUUCAAAUGACUCAUCUUCAAAGGAGAAGAGAAGAGGCAGGGGCAGACCACCUGGUAAAAAGAAGGCCAUUGAAGAGGAUGGCAGAAAACAAAGGAGCUUGCCGGAGCUGAUGAGAGAAACGGCUGAUCCUACUGCUUUGAAUGGUACAAACGUGAAAAAUGGUGCAAAAGCUUCUUCGAAAUCUUCCAUCAAGAAACGCAAGAUUAGUGAUUCUGAUUCAGUUGACCGUGGGAAACGUAAGAAAAGGAGGCUCAACUCUUUGGGUGAUAUUGGGAGCUUGUCAGAUUCUUCAUCUGAUGUGAAGGCUUUGAAAAUUGGACAACGCAUUAGCCGAGUUGCCAAAGAAAUGAAAUUUUCAUGCUCAGAGCACAGCAACAUAAAACUCCAAAAGGGCAAGUCUAAGACAAAUGAAAGAACAAGUUCUGUUCAUGGUGAUAGUAAGUCUCCAAAAAAAGAUGCAUCUUUUAUGCAGGACUAUCCGACACCAAGUGAGAUGCUGUCCCAGCUUUGCUUUGCCGCAAAAAGUCCCACAAAAGCGCACAGAUUCCAAUCUAGCGCUGUUGGUUUCUUUGUGAAUUGGAGGGAUUCACAUGCGCCUGACUCUCUUGAUGAUGAUAAGCUGCUAAACCUAGCGGAGAGUAGAAGGGGUCGGAAAAAACUAGCUGAGUCUGGGCUAGUCUCUGUGGAGGUAAAGUCUGAUUAUUUACAAGAUUCUUAUUGGUCUGAUGUCAUAUUUGAAGAGAACCCAAAGAAAGAAGUUCCAUCUAGGGGCAGGAAGAGGAAAGCAAGCUCUGAGUUGAAUCAAACGAAGAAAAGUAAACCUGCAGGGAUAUCAUCAGUUUCUAGCCCCUUGGAAAUCACUUUGAACGCUUCUGAGCAUUUGCUUGAUGGUUCUGCUAUUCUUAUUGAUGAGCAGCAACAGGAAGAAAGACUAUUAAACUUGUCUGAUGAUAAAACUGUGGAAGAGUGCAAUCCUGCUGCAUUAAUUCUGAGCUUUAAUGAUCCAAAUAGUCUCCCUUCCGAGUCAGAUCUCAUAAAGAUUUUUAGCCAGUAUGGUCCUCUCAAAGAAGCAGAUACCGAAGUUUCAAAAAAGAGCAGACGUGCUUCGGUUAUGUUCGAAAGAGGCGUUGAUGCUGAAGUGGCUUUUAGCAGUUCAGGAAAAUUCAGUGCUUUUGGGCCGAAUCUUAUCAGCUACAGGCUUAGGUACUUAACAUCAUCUUCUCCAGGUUCCACACCAAUGAUGGAUCCUUCUCCAACAAAAGAGGGAGCCUCCAUACUUCCAGAAGAUUCUGGGGUGGUGCCAACUGAUGAGAAAGCUUAACUGGUUCAUUGGGGGUAUAUUGGUGGUAGCGAUAGUUAGAUGCUUCACCCACUGAUUGUAGCUGUAAUGUUCAGAACUUUCGGUUCAAAAAGAUUCUAUGGCACUGUCAACAGGACGUAGCUCCGGGCAACUGAUCUCCUUCUAGAAGUUACAAUGCUGCUUCCGUAGGUUAGCUUAUAGAGACGUCUUACAAAAAUUUCUUCUAGUCUUUCUUAACCCAUGUUAAAGUUAUUUCUCUUGCUGUAGAGUAGUCCCAAUGCUUUGAUGUAAAGAAAUUGCAGUUUUUAUAAUAGAAAAGAUCAUUGGACUCUUUGACUGAAUUCCCUCAA